AUGAGUGCGACAUUCUCCGACGCCUCUCUCUCGCGCGAAGCUCAGGGUUCUGACUUUGACUUGAUCAUUCGCCAGCAGCCCAAUCGGGCCCGCGUGGCGGGGGGCAAGGAAAAAGAGCGCAAACCUAUCGAUCCGCCCCCGAUCGUCCAGCUCAGGGUGCGAGAGGAGGGCACCUACCUCGCACAGCAUUACCUGCAAAGCCCUUACUAUUUCAUGUGCUGCAGUCUGUACGAUGCAACAGAAGAGCGUCCCGUGCCCGUCGCACCAUCGACUGCAUUAGCAGGAACCCUAGUUUCGUCCCUUCACCGGUUGAAGGACGUGGACAACAGCGAUGGAGGCUUCUUCGUCUUUGGAGAUCUCUCGGUGAAGAUUGAGGGCGAGUUUCGCCUGAAGUUCACCUUGUUCGAGAUGCGAAAGGACCGUGUCUCCUAUUUGAGGACCGUUAUUUCAGAGCGGUUCACAGUCUCCCCUCCCAAGAGUUUCCCCGGAAUGAUGGAGUCAACCCACCUUUCCCGAUCAUUUGCGGAUCAAGGUGUGAAAUUGCGCAUUCGGAAGGAGCCUCGGACCAUGUUGAAACGAACCACACGACCGGACGAGUUCCAUCAGCCAGUCCCUACUCGAUCCCCGGAGCGUCAGUCGGUGCAGAUUCCUCCAUCAUCUAGCUAUGGAGGCUAUCCGCCGACGGCCCGAGAUUAUAGCUACUACCAGCCGCCGGUCAAGCGUCAUCGUACUUCGAUCGACUAUGGCAGACAGCCGGGCAUCUAUGAUGUGGAUAGUCGAAUGGCCCGUCAAAUGGAUCCAUAUACGCAGCCACCAGCUGCCAUGUACGCUGGCCAACCAGCAAACUACCAAACGCCUGCCGCCAUGCAGACUUACUCCACGGGGCAGGUGAUGCCAGAUUUUGCAGCGAUGUACCCCGGCAUGCAAGCAUCAGCGGGCAUGCAAGCGUCAGCCCCCAUGUCCCAGAUUCCCGAUCCUACCGGUCAAAGCCGAUCCAGCCAGCAGCAGCAGGCCGCUGUGGGACAACUGAUGGCGAUGAACCAGCCUGGCACUCCUACCCAAGAUUCGACUGGAGCGAUGUUAGCUCAGGGAUAUGCCCGGUCCGGAUACCCCCCUAGCUCGACAAUACUUCCUCCUCUGCAGCGGAAUCGCGACUAUCCUCAAGGAACCAAUGGGUCCGCGCGAGCUUAUUUCGACCAAACUCCUCAGGCAAAUACUCCUAUUCUUCCAUCUCAAAUGGUCAACGAAGGCGAUCGAUUUGGCUCCGUGGCCGGCCCAGCAACCUUUGAUCACCCUGAUUCCCCGAAUGAAACGCCCCAAUGAUUUGCUUGACGUUUUCGACGUUCUGGCUUUAUGUUAUCUUAUUUUUUUUUCUUCUGUCUCGAUAGACUGGGAGGAGUGUUUCAUUAUUUUCUUAUGCUUGAUGCUUUAACUGGGUGGCUAAAGGUUUUCAUUUUUUUUUACAGGCGCUGACGGAUAUAAAAGGGGGAGGUCUUUCUUUCAUGGGAUUGGGAGAAAAGUGAGAUUAUUCUUAAGCCCUUCUUGUACAUACAGGCCUUUUUUUUUCAAAGCAGUAUCACUGGCUAAUUGUAAGUGCUGCUUGUCUUUUCUUUUUUU